GCCACUGUGCCAGUACUCACUAGUCACAAGACAAGAAGCGAGCACCACAACAACGCAGCAAUCGAACAACCUGAGAACCUAACAAACUAACAACCAAACAAGGAAUCAUGUCGUGGGUCUCCGACUAUCAAUAUACGUGGCUGCAGAAGCUCGCACUCAAUGCCUUGCAAAUCUCCGGCCACAUACCCCAUCACAUUGCCUUCGUAAUGGACGGCAACCGGAGAUUCGCACGCUCCAAGCAAUUGGAUAAGAUCGAGGGCCAUUCACGGGGCUUUGCCAAGCUGGCGGAUGUGCUGCGAUGGUGCUUGGACAUGGGCAUACGUGAGGUAACCACGUUUGCCUUUAGCAUUGAGAACUUUAAACGUUCCCGCGAUGAGGUCGAGGGUCUCUUCAACUUGGCACGCGAUAAAUUUGCCAAACUACUGGCGGAGAUCGAGCGACUGGAUGAGCAUGGCAUACGGAUACGUGUGCUGGGCAACAUUGAGUUACUGCCGGCUGAUUUGCAGCGUUUGAUUGCCAGCGCCAUGUUACGUACGGAACACAAUGAUAAACUCUUCCUGAAUGUCGCCUUUGCCUACACAUCGCGGGAUGAGAUUACACAGGCGGUGGAGUCAGUGUUGCAGGCAGAGGAGAAUCCCGACGGUGAGGAUGCGCUGCUGCCCACCGAUAUAAAUGAGCGCCUGUUGGAGGCAUGUCUCUACACUCGCCAUUCGCCACCACCGGAUUUGGUGUUUCGGACCUCGGGUGAGACGCGACUCAGUGACUUUAUGAUGUGGCAGAUAAAAUCUUCCGUGCUAUACUUUACCCAAGUGCUGUGGCCACAGAUCACCAUUUGGAACUUUAUGGCCGGCAUCAUUGCCUAUCAGCGGGAUCGGAGUCGCAUCGAGGACUUUAGAAGUGAGCAGCGUUUGCACAGCGCUCAAUUGGCCAAAUCCAGUGAUUUCUAUAGUCUGCGCGUACAAAAGUUUCUGCACAAAUUGGAUGCGAAUCGGCGAAAAUUACUUAUUGCCUUGGCCUCCAAUUGAUUGAGUAUUUCGAUUGAUUGAUUGAGAUUGAUGUCAAGCCAACUGUUAAUAAUUGCAUGUUCAAUGUUGUGAUAGGGAAAAUAAAUUAAUUGUAUGUAAAUAAUGCCAUCAAUCAUCAGCAUUAGAUCGCUUUUAUUCUAUAGCAGUACAUUCCGUCCGGCUUUCUGUCUGUCCGCUUGUAUUCACAGCUAUAACUCGUCAAUCGUUCUUCUCUUUGCUAUCUUAAGAGAUUAAUUGUAGAUCUUAAAUACCUUAACACCAUUCCAUAAUAAAAUCAAAAUCGAAAAA